CCGGCGACGGCGAAUGCCAAAACCGUCCUCCAUCUCUUACUACAUUUCCUACACUUGCCACACCACACAUCUCGCAACAAAUGACAGUUGGCGCUCGAAACAGUCGCGGGAAUGCAGAAUACGGUGACAAUGAUGUCCCUGUGAAUAAAAUAACCAGUUUUAACGGCCGAUUAAGUCAAUACUUUCACAAUACGAAGAAUGUCGUUGCAUCGAGUGGCUUGAGUCUCGCGAAAGAGACUGCGAAGGACACCCUGAAACGGGAUUCAUCGUCGCAAGAAUGUUCCGAAGGUGAUCUGCCUAUUGAUCAUGGUUCGUCGCGGUCGAAGCGAAGAAAAGGACUUGCCACAGCGACUCCCACUCCGGAGGAAUCUGAGUCUCCUGUACGAAUAACUCGCUCGCGCUCAGCUUCUCUACUACAGACACAAUCGCCACAGUCAUCCCCGAACACCCGUGCCCGAUCCACGACCACCGCAAAAGCAACAGCGACAAAGCCAACCAAACGCGGCCGCGGCUCCCGCACCCCCUCCCAAGCACCCGUCUCACACUCCCUCCUCCGCGACACAAUCCCGCUUAACCUAACCCUCCUCCUCGUGGGCGUAAACCCGGGCAUCUUAACCGGCACGACGGGCCACGCCUACGCCCAUCCCUCGAACCUCUUCUGGAAACUCCUGCACUGGUCCCGGAUAACGGAUAUCCGGCAUCCACCAUCCGACACCUACCGGUUACCAGAAUUGUACAACAUUGGGAAUACGAAUAUCGUUGAACGACCAACUAGGGAUGCGAGUAUGUUGAGUAAAGCGGAAAUGGACGCUGGUGUGCCCGUUCUCGAAGUCAAGGUUGCCACGAAAAAGCCCGAAGUUGUUUGUUUGGUUGGCAAGAGUAUCUGGGAGGCUGUGUGGAGGGUACGACAUGGACGGGGGAUAAAGAAGGAGGAGUUUAAGUAUGGUUGGCAGGGUGUAGAGGAGAAUAUGGGAGUUUGUGAGGGGUGGGGUGGGGCGAGGGUGUUUGUGGCUACGACAACGAGUGGGUUGGCUGCUGGGAUGAGCAUUGGGGAGAAGAGGGCUGUUUGGGACCAGCUUGGGGGGUGGGUUGUUAAGAGGAGGGAAGAGCGGGCUUCUGAAGAGAAGGGUUGCGGGUUGUAUAGUACGGACUAGACUUACAUAGACAUGUCUAGACUAUGGUUCUAUAGACAUACGUACUUGUUUUUCUGGACAGCUCGAAGGCUUUCCCUUUCCGUUUUAGUGCUCACCCCUCGCCGCUUUCUGCUCACUGCAUAGACCUGAGCAUGCCCUGAGCAGCCUGGGCUGAUCACUGAGUAGGGGACUGAGCAGAGGGUUGAGUAGCCUAAGAUAGCAUCGUAUUCCUUCCUUGCAACCGUGCU